AUGGGUGGGCACAGAGCUGAAAGGCCUGCUUCAGAGAAGAGGGUAGGGCGCUGGCCCUGUUCCUUUCCUCCACGAGGCUGUAGGUCAGGCCGCGGUCUCUUCUACAGAGCAAAGGCGGUCCUGGGCUACACGGACAGCGAGCUCUGCAGGCAAGGAUCUGGCUACCAAUUCAUCCACGCCGCCGACGCCGCGCACUGCGCUGAGAAUCACGUGCGCAGUGAGUCCGGGGGCGCUCUCGGCCCGCCCGCCCCGGGAGCCGGGGCCCCGCGGCGCCCACCGCCUCCGCGGCUCCCACCGCCGGCUGCCCCGCCCCGGGGCGGGCUCCCGGGUCUGGGGGGCGGGCAGGGGCGCCGAGGCUCCCCUGAGCGCGCCGGUCUCUCCGCAGUGAUGAGGACCGGCGAGAGCGGGCUCACGGUGUUCCGGCUGCUCACCAAGCGGGCCGGCUGGCUGUGGGUGCAGUCCAACGCCCGCCUGCUCUUCCGCGACGGCCGGCCCGACGGCAUCGUGGCGCGACAGCGGGCCCUGACGGAUGCGGAGGGGGAGGAUCACCUGCGUAAGCGGGCCCUGCGGCUGCCCUUCACCUUGGCCACAGGGGAGGCCAUCCUGUAUGAGAGCAGCCUCCCUGGCCCCCUGACUGCCCUCCCAGCCAGCAAGAGGACCAGGGCAAGGCAGGGUGCCCCCACUGGCCAGGACCCUGUGUGCCCAGCCUCUCUUCUUGGAGCCGUGGUGCAGGAUGGAUCCACGUACUUGGCCUGCAUUCCACCAACCCCUCAAGGAUCACUCUUGGAGAGGUGGGGGUCUCAUGACAAACGUGAGGACAAGGAGGAGGAAGACAGCUCCCUCCUGACCCUCGAGAGCCUGCUGGAGAAGGACAUGGAAGAAGAGCCCAGUCUCUGCUCCACUCUCCAGCACCUGGGCGUCGCCAACCUCCACCAGCGUCAGUGGGGACAGGCCUUUCUCAGGGCUGACGCAGACCCUGCAGGGCCUCAGAACUGCUGCCUGCUGCCACCCAGCCGGGGAAGGAGCCUCUCCAGCAAGAGGGAGGUGCUUUCUCACAGCAGUGAGAAUGUGUGCUCAUCCCUACCAGCCUGCACAACUGCUCCACAGACCCUGAAGCCACUGUCUUCUCUGGACACGGGCCAGCUAACCAUGCCCUUAACCAUGGAAGUAAGUCCACUGCAGGAUGGGGACACAGUGCCCAGCUGCCCUCAAGCACACACUCAGCACUUUCCCACCUCUGGCCCUGCCCUCCAGAGCCCUCUGCAGUGGCAGCUUGGGCACAGCCCGGCAGCGCCUCUGAAUUGGGGGGUGUGCAAGAAACCAACAGUAUUUGGCUUUGUCCCACCGCCCAAGCCCCUGUCUCACAGCCAGUCGGCCCAGCUCUUUCAGCCAAGCCACACACCUUCACUCCCUUUAGGAGGAACUAUCCCUGGACACCUGGCCCUGCCGGCCGUGGGAAUCUGGAUUUCUGUGAGGAGUCCACGCACCGGGCACCUGCACGGAGUGAUCACUGUCAGGAGCCCCUCAUUGCCUCAGACCACACGUCCUUUGUCAACCCAUAUGGCACCUGUUCCUUGGACAGCAUUUGGGGUUUCCACAUCCAGGGCCAGCCAGAAGUGGUCCCUGGGCAAGUUGGGGCAGGGAAGGAGGCAGGACAGGCCCCACCUGACCGUUUCAGCCGCGCAUGGUCCACCAUGGCUGACCCCUGCCUUCUGUGGACAGGGCCAGCCAGUGACAUUCCUCCCAACUUGUGCAGGGGUCGGCCCCUAUCUGUGUACGGGGCCUUGGGUUCACCACAGCACACACCUGGGAGCCAAGAGCAGCCACCCCACGCCCUCUCAGGGAGCCCUGCCUGUCCGUCCCAGGUGCUUCCACAUGGACCCUUGGCUACUCGGGACUCUUAUGGUGCAGACUCAGGCCCAGUCACCAAGCAACAGCAGUGGGUGCAGAUGGGGCUGCAGACCCAGGGAACUUGCAAGCAAGUGAGAGAGGGGAUACCAAGUGUCCAGCAGCUGGGUGGCUGUGUGAGAGCUGCCAUUCCCCAAGCCCCACAGUUGAGCCCCCUCCUGUCCUCAGAGAGCAUCUCUCCCGGCACAGGAAGCAGCCAGGGCAACAGCCCCGCUGAGCCAACAAGGCAAAGCAAGAACAGACUGGCCGUGCCAGCACCAUGUGCUGUGGGCAGACAGCAGGUGCAGUCUAGCCCAGCCCUGCCUCCCUGCCCUCCUGUUCCUGCCUGGCCACCCCCAUCCACGCAGGGUGGCCACAACUUCCAGCAGUGUCACCAAAACAAAGUACAUCGCACCACGGCACUUAGGGUUCCAGGCCCAAAAGGGAGCUCGUCUUCCUCCAAAUUCUGACUUACAGAGACAGCGUCAUGCUUUGUACUCGAUGUCUGUGGAUGCGGUUUGGGGCCUUAACUACUGAUGUUUACGCUGAAACUGAAGUAUCUUAAACUUUCAUAUCUGGGUGAAUAUUUAAUUUUGUUCUGUGUGUGUAAAUACACAUAUCUGAAAGCUUAUUCUCUGGAUCCCAAAGGUGGUUUUUUGGCUUUUUUGUUUUUGUUUUUGUUCUUUUUUUGGUUUUUUUGCUUAAUUUCAUUCUGUGCACUUUAUACUAAAGAAGCAUACAGAAUUCACUUCUUCGUUUCAAAAAUAGCAUCUGAAUCACAAAACUGUUAACAGGAAAAAGACAUGAUGAAUCGCCAGCCUCCCAGACCCGUCCUGUUUGCCAGGCCCUGUGGUUUGGGAGCCCUGUUUCCAGAUUCAGGGGUGAGGCUCGGCACCAGAUAACCUGGGACCAGGGCCAUCCAGACGCGUGGAUGACAUGAUACAGCACAGUGGCGUGCUGGCGGCCGCCAGGGAGAAGGGAUGUGUGGCCCUUUGGUCUGGACCCCUGAAAGGGCCAAGCCUUCACCCAGGACUCAGGCAGGGGAGAGGGCGCCCUUCUCGGAGCCUGCGUGCAGGAUGGCGCCCACCGGAGGGCACUGUGCAGGGACACCACGGGUGAGGAUCCAGACAGGGUGCGUCGGGGGACUCGGGUCCACAGGCCCCCAUCUCCCAGAAGAGCAGACAGAGCGUGGUCCUGAGGCCCGGGCUGCCCCUGCUUCUCCUUCCACAAAGGAUCAGAGCGGACGAGGCUCCUAGGAGCUCUUCCACUUCUCCUUCAGCCUUGAACCACAGGACUUGUUGUUGAGGAGCUGAAGGUGACCUUUGAUGUCAUCCAGCAGGACUCUUCCAUCUGAGCUGCUCACCCCUGUCACCCAGAACCAGGCCCCAGCUGGUGCCUCACGAGCACAUGAACACAUGGAUGGAAGACCACAGGACGGAAACACCAAGAGGCUGGGGACCUGCCCGCUGCAGAGCCCAGCGGAAGGACCCUUCUCACACCGCUGAGUCCACCCCCAGGUACCAGAAGCUGCGCGACCUGCGCAUGGCAAGGAGCCGCAGGGAGCCAUUGGUGCUCGGUCCCCACAGUGCUGGGCACGCUGGGCGCUGGUGACGCUGUUUUGCAUGGGGUGGGGGGGCCUCUGCUGUCUUGGACCCAAAACACCAAGACGUCAACUAAGGCCUUGCAACCUGACAAACGGAGGAAACAAGCACGAACAUGCACCAAUACCCUGUAAAUACUUCUUCCUUUGCUCUCAAACCAAAAAGUACAGCCUCCCAUCAUGGGGUGAGGUC